AUGACCAUCCUUUAUGUGGUUGGUCGUUCUUUAAUUUCGAAACACACUAAUCCAAACAAUCAAGGCUUGGUUCAAGCUAUACUGACUGCAUUGGGUAGAGUGGCUCUACUUUCAGGACCAUUGAUUGGAAGCAGUCUGUUUACACAUCAAAAAAUCUGGGCAACUAUCCUAGCAGGAUCACAGAUCCUGGGACUGAUCUUGGUCAUUCUUGUUUUUAACAAACUCAAAGUUAAUCCAAGCAAAGCUUAG